AUGAUAAAGCACCUCCACUGCCCCGAGGACGGCACCGUCGUGGACUUACGAAGCAUGGGGGUGGGUGUGGGGACGUGGCUGGCGGGCGGGCACGACGGCGGCUGGGUCGUCUCGUCUACGAUGGGCUCGUUCAGGGUGGCGAACCUCUUCUCCGGCCGGCGCCCAGAGCCACCGACCUCAGACAGUUGUAUCCUGGCCGCCAUGACACUUAAAUGUGGCAUCGCGCUGUGUAGAGUUGGAUGUGCAGACGGUGGGUGGACAGUGCAAGGUUGCCCUAGGGAAAGCCUUGUCGACAUCGCCUUCUGUAAUGGCGAGCUCUAUGGCCUACACUAUGAAGGGCCACCCGUCAAGUUCGACAUUGGCGUGAACAAGGACGGUGCACCAAUGAUCACUGGAGAGCACCGGUUAGCCAUGCAAAGGGUCAACCGCACCCAUCAUACGGACCACUACAUGGAUUAUGCCGGUUGUUACAUCUUCGAUCUGCAGGGCAAGCUUGCGAUGGCAGCAAUUUAUAGGUGUUUGCCAAACCACAAGCCUUUCUUCAAGGUGUUCAAGCUUGUUGACAUCUGCAUCGGCGGAUCGGAGGCACAUUGCAAGCAUAAGUGGCUGGAGGUGACAAGCUUGGGUGAGCACGCCUUGUUUUUGGGGUACCAAUUCUCUAAGGCGAUUCACAUGCCAACAAACAUGCAGGGAGGGGUGGAGAGAAAUUACAUCUACUACUCGCACCGUUGUCGUCUAGGUUCAUAUGACGUCAUCCCUAGUGACAAGGUAUUCUUGACAAUCUCGAAUGACAUCCCUGAAAAGACGUACUACAAGGAAGAAGACACUAAGAAAGACAUCGCCGUGGCUGACUUAAUGAGGAUCAGGUCGGUAGGAUACUUCAAGAAGGGUGAUUUACAGGGUGGCAUGUGGAUUCUCCCUCCACAUAUAUAG